AUGAACUCCAAGGAAAAACUGCUGUGGGUUAAGAUCCAACAUAAAGCUUUUGCUAGAUGGAUCAAUAUUCAAUUCGAAAAUUCUGGCAGCAAAGAAGUUCAACGCCUUCGAGUGCGUAAUUUGGCCAAAGAUUUGAGUGAUGGGGUUAAAUUGAACUAUUUGGUUAGAGAAAUCUCCAAAGGAAAAUAUAAAAAGCACUUCAACGCAAGGCCAAAAUUUAGAAUUCAUUAUGUUGAUAACAUUAGUUGUGCCUUGGAAUACCUCAAGUCAUCGGGGAUUCGUUUACACAGUAUUGGUGCUGAAGAUAUUUACGAAGGAAAUUUAAAGAUGAUCCUUGGCUUGAUUUGGGGGCUUAUUUUGAAUACCUUGAUUGAACUAGAAAACGCUCAAGAUUUCUCUACCAUAAAGAAAAUACUAUUAGCUUGGUGUGCUGAGCAAGUCCAAGAAUUUGAUGGAUUAGUCACCAUCACCGACUUUAGCACCUCUUGGAAUAAUGGUGUUGCUUUAUGUGCCUUAUUAAGUAGCCUCCGACCUGAUUUACUCGAUUUUUAUACUUUGGAUUUAACCAAAAAAGAGGUGAAUACAAGAAAAGCCAUUGCCUUGGCUGCGAAAAUCGGCAUCCCCCAAUUGAUUGACUGUGAAGAUCUUUUAUGUACCAGACCAGAUGAGAAGUCGGUUGUGACUUAUAUUCUUGGAUGGUAUGAAAAAUUUAAUGAUAAACAGAUCAUGUUUGAAGAUAGUGGCAUUUCCAGAUCUGCUUCAAUCAAAUCUUCGCCAAAAAUGGUGAUUCAGAGUCUUGCUACUUGUACACCAAAGAAACCUCAAGAGCUGUUACGUGAGACUGAGAAUUACAAUCAUAUCCAAAACACACCAAAGAAAGACCAUCACCUGCCAAAGAAAGUGGAGAAUGACUGCCACAUCCAAAGCACUCCAAAGAAGCACCAAAAACUGGUAAAUAAAGCUGAGAAUAAUAAUCAGCUUCGAAGUACUCCAGUCAAGAAGGCUUCUAACACCGCCAUCGAAAAUCCAUUUCACAAAAAAAGUCUCUCACAAUCUAAAACCAGUGACUCCAAUUCAAGAGUACUGCCAGUAUCUCAAAACUCACCAGCACCUUCCUCUGCUGCUUCACCAUUCUCAAUGGAAGAAUCACCAAUUAUUGAAAACACUAGAAGAGUGUCUCCUUUGCUAAGAGACAAUAGCAUAUUUUAUCAUUCCAGAACUAAAGAAAUUGCAAGAUCGUUUGACUCACGAUCGGACUUUGAUUUAAGUAGGUCUUCAUCGGUCAGUAGGGCCCCAUCCAUAUCGAAGUUGAAUAUUAUGAAUCCAUUCCAAAGAAAUGAAUUCUUGUCUAAUCUGGCUGUGGAUCAUAAAGAGAAAUGGUUUAAUUCCUUGGACUCCCAAAUCGACCUUUUUGAAUCAAGCCACCAUAAUGCUUCCAAGGUGUCUAUUGAUUUUUCUUUGUCCUCACAAGAAGAUAAAUCCACUAAUAGCUCAUACCAAGGCCUCACAAAGAAAGUGUCUUUGUUUUCUGUUAAUUCUGGUAGUGAUGAUAGCAUUUCCGUACCAGAAAGAAGCAGAAUGAGGAUUGCUAAAAAUGUCGCCGACCCUAGUGACCAGGAAUCGGAAACAUUUAGAGCUGCCAUGAUGGUUCUAUCUGAAGUGUUUGCUUUGAAAGAAGAGUACGAAAAAAGAAGCAAGAUAUUUGCGUCAAAUGUCAGAACCCAAAUCUACAAGUGGACCAACUUGGUUAGCUAUAAUGAGCUUUAUGAUUUGGAUGAAUUGGAAUAUGAAAGAAAAUAUUUGGAGGAAACUUUUCAAAAGACAAAGAGAUCCUUCAAGUUGGAAAAGAAUAAUAUUUCUUUGAUUUUUAAUAAGAUCAAUUUCUUACUCAAGUCUCUCAAUUCCGAAUAUUCAUACAAGACAAAAAUUGGAUUGGGUUUGGAUGACCUUGAUAAAAUCUGGAGGGAUCUAUGUGCAGAGGAAGCUAGAUACUUACAACAGAUAAUUUUGAAACUUUCAACUUUGAAAAGUUAUAUCAAGAAUAACUAUUUGGAUACAUUGAAGGUUAUAAACGGCCGCUAUUUGCUGACCAAAGAUGAGAUUGGAAAGUUUUUGACCAAUUAUUCUAUGUCAAAUGAAGAAAAAAUCCCAACGAUUCAAGGUUUUAAUGUGAAAGUCGACCAAUUGGUUUCAUUGUUGAAGAAUAUGAGCUUAUUGAAUCAACAGUGUAUCAAAUAUCAAAUAGAUUAUGAUGAUGCUUUGAAUGCUUUGAAGAGCAUGAAAUUCUCUGAAGCUUCUAAUAAGCCAAUCAAUCCUUUCGAUACUGUUGAAUUAUUUGCAGAUGAACAAAAAACUCCCUGGCCUGCAGAGUUUCUUGAUUAUAAUGAGCUUUUAUUUGAAGUCAACAUGUUGCAAGAAACCACCAAAAACUUUUCUUGUUUCCUUGAUAACAAAACUGUUGUUAAAAAAUUUGAUGCUAAUGAACUUUCCCAAAUGUUUGAUAAAUUUUCCGUUCAUAAUGAAUUUAUUACCAAGAAAGAAUUCAGAUCAGUGAUCUGCACCUCCGAAAAAUUCGACAAGGAAUAUUCCAAGUCUCUUGAAAGCUCUUUACCUGUCCACGUAUCAAGAUCAGGAUAUGACUUCCGGUCGUUUAUCGAAAACAUUCUGGCUUUUGAUGAGAAAAAUGUUCUUGGUGCUCCAAUUGCCUUAAAGCUAUCAAAACAAAACACUGCACACAAUAGUGAUAUCUUGUCCCCAACAACAUCCUCUGUUUACAACGAUGAGGGAUCCCCAAGAUUAUCGUCUCUUGGCUCAAUCAUGGAACCUCCACAUUCUCCUGAGUCAGAUCCAAGUGCCAGUGACCGUUCUGUCAUGUCCACUCCAAGCUCAGUGAAUGAUUCCUCAUUUAGCCCCGGUUCUCCUGAUACUGUUUACGAAGAUGAAUCAGAUGGUGCUGCCGAAUUGAACAUCAAAUUCAAAAAUAGACGAAGAAUCGCAAACAAAUUUUCUAAAUAUCCAACGAAGCUCCAGCUUCCAAUGGAUUUCACAAUUGUUCUUGAAGAACAAUUUUCUACCUAA